AUGAGAAUACCCGUAAUAUCAACAACCAAUUUAUAUCGUUAUAAUUCUUUUCGAGUUAAGGCAAUAUCGCGAAUUUCAACUCAAGUACGUAAGACUUCUAUCAUUAAUUUUCAAAAAAACAUUUCAACAAACAUUAAAUCGAACAAUGAGGUAGAAACGAAACAACUCGUCUUUGAAGGUCCAAAUUUUCGGUUAAUUAGAAUCUUGAAAAUAUUUUCUAUAUCCACACUUGGGUUUGCAUGGACAAUAGGUCCAUUCACUUGGUGGAAUUGGGAUAGUCCUAUGAUUCAAGCAGCUGAAUUAAAUGGAGCGAUCUUGACAUUAGCUUUUAUUGCAAGCUCAGCGGCAACAAUUACAUUGCACCAUUUCAUGUCACCAUAUGUAACGAAGAUUUAUCUUCAUAAUACGCCAUCAAUUAUUCCUUCAACGAUUACACCUUUAUCAAAGAUUACUCUGGAAACUCUUUCAAUAUUUUCACAACCAGUUCAUACUACUUUACAAUUAAAGGAUUUAAAACCUGUUAUGAAUAGGAUUACAUUAAGAUGGAACAUUAAAAAUGACUAUUUG